AUGGAACACCGCGUCGGCGCCGUCGUGACGAGGCUCUGUCUGGCACACUGCUGGUCAGCCGGUUGGUGGUGGAGUGUCGCAUCGGCAUCGCCUAGACGAGGCUCCGCCUGGUACGCCGUUGAUCAGCCGGUGGGAUGGAUCUCCGAAUUGGCACUGUCGACAGGCGCCCAUCUGGUGCACCGUAGGAGACCUCAGGCUUGCGGCAAUGCCGUAAGCCAUUGGCAAAUUCGAGUCGUUCUUCCACUGCCAAAAAACUCGUGGCCCACAGUGGAGUUCGGCCGCGCCGGCACAUCAAGCAGCCCCUAUUCAGGUCCAGGGCACUGCUUGCUUCGGGGCGGGCCUGGAAAAGCUGGCCUAAAAAUUGCUGGGGAACCACGUCGUCUGCUGGCGCACCGUGGUCGCAGACGCAAAACUCACGGUCGAAACAAUCAAACUCGAAAAAACAACAACAACAACCAUACUCAUUCUCCUCAUCCUACCUCUUCUACCUCUACCUCCGUCUAUUCUUCUACCUAUACUUCUCCUUCAUCAUCUACUUCUCCACCUCCUUCCCGUCGCCCCACUCGUAUUCCCCAGACUGACAGGGUGAGGCCGCUCACUCUGGCAGCCUGGAAUGUUCGUUCCCUUUUAGACAACCAGAGGAGCAACCGACCGGAACGGAGGACGGCGCUAGUGGCACGAGAACUGGCGCGCUACAAGGUGGACAUCGCCGCACUCAGCGAGACCCGAUUCUCCGAACAAGGCCAACUGGAGGAGGUGGGUGCCGGUUACAGCUUCUUCUGGAGUGGUCGACCCAGGACAGAGAGACGAGACGCGGGCGUCGCCAUCGCCAUCCGGAAAGACAUCGUGGGAAGACUACCCAGUUUGCCGCAGGGAAUCAAAGAUCGCCUGAUGAGCCUCCGCCUGCCUCUCAGGCGAGGAGGCAAAUUCGCCACAAUCAUCAGCGCCUACGCUCCGACGAUGACCAACCCCGACGCCGUCAGAGACAAAUUCUACGAGGACCUGCACGCCCUCAUGGCGACUGUGUCGAAGGCGGACAAGUUGAUUGUCCUUGGUGACUUCAACGCCCGCGUCGGCACAGACCAAUGCGCCUUCCGUCGUCGUCAUCGUGGGACCACGGAUAUGAUCUUCGCAGCUCGCCAACUUCAGGAGAAGCGCCAGGAGAUGCGGACCCACCUGUACUCUACCUUCGUGGACCUGACGAAAGCCUUCGACACGGUGAAUCGUGAAGGACUGUGGAAGAUCAUGCAGAAAUUCGGCUGUCCGGAGCGAUUCACUCAGAUGGUGCGUCAGCUGCACGACGGUAUGAUGGCGCGAGUCACGGACAACGGAGCUGUCUCAGAGGCAUUCGCAGUGACCAAUGGAGUGAAGCAGGGCUGUGUGCUGGCGCCUGCCCUCUUCAGUCUUAUGUUCUCUGCCAUGCUGAUGGACGCCUACCGCGACCAACGCCCUGGAAUCCGCAUCGCCUAUAGAACGGACGGUCAUCUCCUGAAUCAACGGCGCAUGAACUUCCAAUCGCGUGUAUCCACAGCCACCGUGAACAAACUCCUCUUCGCCGACGACUGCGCCCUGAACACCACCUCAGAAGAGGAGAUGCAACGGAGCAUGGACCUAUUAUCCGCCGCCUGCGAUAAAUUUGGGCUGGUUAUCAACACGCAGAAGACGGUGGUGAUGCAUCAGCCGCCUUCCAACUCAGACACAGCCCCCAACGCGCCUCACAUCAACGUGAAUGGGACUCAACUGCAAGUGGUAGAGAACUUCACGUACCUGGGAAGUACCCUAUCUCGCAACACAAAGAUCGAUGACGAAGUCGCCAACAGAAUCUCGAAAGCCAGUCAAGCCUUCGGUCGCCUCCGAAGCACAGUCUGGAAUCGCCACGGUCUCCAACUGAGCACAAAGCUGAAGAUGUACGAGGCCGUCAUCCUGCCGACGUUACUGUACGGAGCAGAGACAUGGACAGUGUACACGAGGCAGGCACGUCGACUGAAUCACUUCCACCUCAGUUGUCUCCGUCGCAUCCUGAGGCUGAACUGGCAGGAUCGAAUCCACCGACACGGAAGUACUGGAACGAACGGGAAUCCCCAGCAUCUACGCCAUACUGAGACAAAUGCAGCUGCGCUGGAGCGGCCACCUGGUGCGCAUCGACGACGAGCGACUACCCAAACGACUCUUCUACGGAGACGUCGCGACGGGUUCUCGUCGUCAAGGAGGCCAAAUUCGCCGUUACAAGGAUACCCUGAAGUCCUCCCUGAAGCGCCUGCAAAUAAACCCGACCAACUGGGAAGAGCUCGACCGCGAUCGUUCGACAUGGAGGAGAACAGUGAAGACGGGCGCUGCUAUCUACGAAGCCAACCGCAUCGCCGCCGCCAAAGCGAAAUGCGAAGCCCGCAAAUCACAACUUCGUCCAGUCCGCAACGCCGCCGCACCACCUCCCCCUACGUGUCCUCGAUGUCAACGGACAUUCCGGGCACGAAUCGGACUUGUUGGACAUCUUCGAAUCAACUGUGCCUCUCGAACUGCUCCAGCCAUCGUCCCCUGCCCGCCUCUUCCUCGUCCUCUCUACCACCAACUAACUCUGAUAACUCUUCUGAACCACCACUUCCAUCAUCCUCCUUAUCCUCCACUGCCCCAACGGCGGCCGUUCAGACUGCCGUCUCACACAUCACCAACCCCAACACAGCAACCGCCACCACCCGCACCUCUCCCGAUCCCAGUGAUGAGGAUCAGGACUGCACCUGCCCUCACUGCGACCGCACCUUCACCUCUCGCAUCGGCCUGGUCGGUCACUUGCGAAUCCAUCGCACAGAGACUGGUGAACCAGUGCCUGGAGCACCAACCUACACCCACCGCACUCGCCUCAACUGCCCACACUGCCCUCGCACCUUCACGCAUCGCAUGGGUCUAUUCGGCCACAUACGCAUCCACGACGACCUGCGGUAG